AACCUAUUAAAAGUGAACGUCCAGUCAACACGCUCUGUUCCUUGUCUCCGUACUCAAUCUCAUAUCAUAUCUACUCACGGCGAUAGAUAGAGAGGUAGAUUUAGGGAGAGAGAGUCAAAAUCUUCUUCAAAGCUCCACCACAACCCAAUCAAAUCUCAACCCAUCCCUCUCUCUGAGCUCUACCAACUCCCCAAAACUCUUCAAUAUCUUCUUCUUCAUGGGCAUUUCUAGGAAAUCAUGACCAAAGCAGCCAAUUUCAUGAAAAACUUCCUCAAACCUUUCAAAUCUGAUAAAGACGGAAACAAAGAAGAAGAGUUAACCAAGAUCGCCGCACAAGAACAGAAGCAAUUCCUUUUCGAAACCCUAGUUUCCGCUACCAAAGGUUUCCACCCCGAUCACAAGCUCGGCGAAGGCGGUUUUGGCCCUGUUUACAAGGGGAAAUUGGAUGAUGGAAGAGAGAUUGCUGUGAAGAAGCUUGCACAGAGCUCGGGGCAAGGAAAGAAGGAGUUUAUGAAUGAGGCGAAGCUGUUGGCUCGCGUUCAGCACCGUAAUGUUGUGAAUUUGUUGGGUUAUUGUGCACACGGUGCAGAGAAGCUGCUUGUUUACGAGUAUGUAGUUCACGAGAGUCUCGACAAGUAUCUCUUCAAGUCUGGUAGAGAUGUGCUUGAUUGGAAGCGGAGGUAUGACAUUAUCACAGGCAUUGCCCGGGGCUUGCUUUACCUUCAUGAAGGCUCACACAAUGUAAUCACCCACCGUGACAUCAAGGCUAGCAAUAUCCUACUAGAUGAUAAAUGGAUCCCAAAAAUUGCUGAUUUUGGCAUGGCCCGCCUCUUCCCUGAAGAUCAAUCGCAUGUGAAUACCCGUGUAGCUGGCACCAAUGGGUAUAUGGCUCCUGAAUAUGUCAUGCAUGGACGUCUGUCUCCAAAAGCAGAUGUAUACAGCUUUGGGGUUGUGGUUUUGGAGCUGAUAAGCGGUCAGAAGAACUCAAAUUUCAACCCUAGUUUCGGUGCUCAAAAUCUUCUAGAAUGGGCAUAUGAGUUGUACAAGAAAGAUAGGAGCUUGGAGGUUAUGGAUCCAACAUUGGCAUCAUCAUCAGCCGUACUUGAACAGGUAGCAAUGUGUGUACAGAUUGGAUUGUUGUGCACCCAAGCUGAUCCACGAAAUCGACCCUCCAUGGAUCGUGUGGUGGUAAUGCUGUCGAAGAAGCCUGGCAGUGCCAUCCUAGAGGAACCAACAAGGCCUGGAUUCCCUGGGUCCAGGUAUAGAUCGCGUAGGUCCAAUGCAUCGUUAUCGUUCACUGCUGGAACAUCAGGUGAAUCCAAUUCCCAAACAUCCAGCUCCGCCACCAAUACAAACAGUCAAAGUGCCUCUGCAACUGCAACUGCAACUGCAACUGCAACUGCAACUCGUAGCACAUCACAUAAAAGCACGCGAUCAGACCCUCACGGAAAACGUCCCAUGCAAGGUGCUAAUGAUAUGUCUUCGCCAAGGCAAUAGCUUGGGAGGACUUGG